AUUCUGACAAAAAAUAAACAUGGAGAAGAAGAAAAAACAAGCAUGAAAAAAGCAACGGAAAUGGACAACCCUCAAAGGUCUCAUAUGUCCGUCUACGACGACGUUUUUCGUGCCCCCCGGAAGUUCGACAUCCCCACACUCGCCCCGCGCCUCCAGGAUUAUUCCGAGAUUUUCGCUCACGCCUCCCGAUCUUCCUCCAUUCCUUUCCUCCGUCUCCCUCUCAUCUCCGACGACUACUCCCUCCGUAGCCCCGCUUUCGACUAUACUGAGGUUUUUGGGGAUUUUCGAGGCCUCGCUGUUACGGCGACGUUUCACGAUUUACUAGGCCAGUCCAGCGGUGGUUACGACGACGACGACAACAACGAAGAAGAAGAAGAAGAAGAAGAAGAAGAAGAAGAAGAAGAAUCCUCUCAUGACCCAUGGAGUCCUUCACAAAGUGGGUGUCUGUCAGUGUCAGAUGAAUUAGAUCCUAUCAAUGGAUCUGACGUUGAUGUGCACCAGUCACUGGAAACCGUUAACAAGUUAAAUGCAUCUUAUAGCAAUUCCGUUCAGAUGAAUACGGAAACAGUGUUAACUGGGACCGCUCGUGUAACCAAUUUCUGUGCUGUUCCUGGAUAUACUUUUUCUCCUUGUCAAAGUUCAGUUUCAUGGAAUGGGGAAGACGAGCAUUGCUCUGUAGAUCUCAGCCCUUUGGAGAAACCUGGAAAUUCUAUUUCUCCAAAGGAUAAUAAUAAAUCAUUUAUAACCGUAUCUGAUAUUAGUCUUCGAACUAAGCCUUCUAGAUUGCCACCUCCUUCAAGACCUCCACCUGCCUUAGUUGUUGAGAACAGAGAAUUUGACAGACCAAACUCAAAACUGAAGCCUUCUAAAAUUAAUGCCUUUGACAGAGUGGCAGAUGACAGUGCAUCACUUUUCUUUGAUGUGGAAGUGGAUGAAAAUAAGAAUGCUAAAGUGAAGUACGAAGAAACCUCAGUCCCAGUACCUGGGGAUGUUGCAUGGAAGGAAGAAACAAAAUAUUUCGAGGUCUUUGAAAAAAAUAUUUCCAGGCAAGGUUUUGAUAUGGUUGAGGAUUACAAUACUUCGACAAGGCUUAUGAAUCGAGAUUCUUAUAGACAUCGGAGGAUGUUAGAAUGUGACGUAUUUAACCAGAAGGAAGACAGUAUGAAACUUAAAGUGACAAAGGAAGCUCCUAAAUGGGAUGAAGAAAGUAAUCAACUUGAAAUGACCACAGAUCAUUGUGAACGAGGUCACAAGCAACAACAGGAAAUGCAAAACACAAGGUUGAUUGGUCAAAAAGGGUUUCAGGAGAAUGUAAAACUGAGCAAACUGGCUGAUUUUGAUACGACAAUACCAGAAAAUUUCCUGCAACUUGGGGAUAGUGAAAAGCUAGAAAUAAAACACAUUGAUGAAACUGUAGAAGGGCGGAAAGAAUCUAAGUGCAAUGUGACUGCUGGGGAAGCUAAAUUAAGACUGAAGGCAUCACCUACGAGAAUGGAUAUUCAGAAAAGGUCUGUAGAUGCUCAGGUAAUAAAACAGAGUAGUGGGGAAGACAAACAAAAUAUUUUGAGGGAAGAAUGUCAAAGAAGUCAUGAAGAUGUGAAAGGAGCUGAGACCAGAGAAAGAAUAAAGAAGACAACAGAACGUGAAGGAGCUGAGAAACAACACAAUGGGGUUACUGGAAAUGAAAAGGAGAGCAAACUGAAAGUGACACACGAGCUGAAUGAGAAUGGUGUGAUCCUUAAAGAGGCUAAUGUAGAGAGUGUCAACAAGCCAUGUAUAGCUGCUGCACAUGAAAAAAAUGUAUUGACUUUUAGAGAAGCUCUUCAACAGGUCAGAAAUGAGAAAGAAAUCAAACUGAUUCAUAAUAAGAGAGAGGUAUCUGAAGACAGAAAUAGAGAUGCUUCAAAAACAAAACACAAUGAUGCUGCUGAAUAUGAAGAACUGGAAAUUGAGUGGAAUGGACACGCGAGAGAAGUAAAAUGGGACCUGGAUGGGCAUGUCCUCCUGGAAGGGGAUCAAUUGAAGGUAUUUGAUGGUGGGUGUGAACUUAACGAGAUGACAAAAAAUGAGGUUUUGGGAAAGCACGAUACUGUUCAGAUGCGGGAAUUAUCUCAAGCAGCAUUUUCAUAUGAAGGAAACAGGUGCUCGAGAAAUGAAGCUAACAAUAUUGUAUAUGAAUCUGAGGCUGGAAAGGAUGAUACACUGGUCAAAGGGAAUUGCAGCAAAAUUAGUAAGAAUAAAGAUGAGUUACAAGAUGGAAACACUCACACCCAUAGUGCGGUAAACAACGCGAUGGAGUUCCUUUGUUUACAUAACCAAAUGAGGGAUUCAAAUAAUUGUGCCUAUGGUAUGGGGGUUUCAUCUGAUUUGACAGAGAAGAAAUCAUCUGAAGUGGAAGAGAGUCAUGAGCCUGAGAAGAUAGGCUCAAGUAAAGAUGAUGGAGGUCAAAAGAUGAAAACUCAAUUUAUCAGCAAAAGGGUAGACACAGUGAUCAGAGAGUCUCUCGUAAAAGGAGGGAAGGUAGAUGAUGCAUCAUCUGUCUUGCUAGAAAAUAGCAAUAGCCAAAAAAUUGAAAGAAAAGACAAGAAUAUUAAAGACAGUAUUGCUGCAAAAGACCGAACAGUGGAGGAAAGAGUAAGAAGGCAAAGUGAGCUGGAAAACGAACAGAUGAGAAAAGUAGAAGAAGAAAGGGAGCGGGAAAGGGAAAGAGAAAAGGACAGAAUGGCUGUUAAUAAGGCAGCUGUUGAAGCUCGUGAAAGAUCAUAUAUAGAAGCUCGUGAGAGAGCAGAGAGAGCUAAUGCUGAAGUAAGACAAAGAGCCAUGACAGGGGCUCGUGAAAGAUUGGACAAGACAUCCAUGGAUGCUAGAAUCAGGGUUGAGCGGGCUGCCGUAAAAAGAGCCAAUGCAGAGGCUCGACAUCGAGCUGCUGAAAAAUCAAUGGCUCAGAAUGGUUUACCAUACUCAUCUUCCUUGCCACAUUUUGUGUCUGAAGGUGAAUCACCUCAGAGAUGUAAAGCUAGAUUAGAGAGAUACAAAAGAACAGCUGAGCGUGCAGCAAAUGCCCUGGCUGAGAAAAACAGCCGUGAUCUUCUCGCUCAAAGGGAAACAGAAGAGAGAAAUAGAGUUGCAGAAUCUCUGGAUGCUGAACUCAAGAGAUGGUCGAGCGGAAAAGAGCGAAACCUUCGAGCGCUGCUUUCAACUUUGCAAUAUAUUCUUGGGCCUGAUAGUGGUUGGCAGCCAGUUCCAUUGACUGAAGUUAUAACUACCGCGGCCGUGAAAAAAGCUUACAGGAAAGCCACUCUUUUUGUACACCCAGACAAACUACAACAACGUGGUGCAACAAUUCAGCAAAAGUACAUAUGUGAGAAGGUUUUUGAUCUUUUAAAGGAAGCUUGGAAUAAGUUCAAUUCAGAGGAGCGGUGAAUCGGGGCAUUUUGUCUGCUCGGUGUAAAGUUAGUGCAAGUAAAGUAUUUGCUUAUUUUUAUCAUCUGCUAAGUCAUUUUGUACUUGCAAAAGCUAACAAAGUUAGGCGGAAAAUAUAUUGAGGAAAAACUAAGUUAUAUGGACAUCAAUACAGUAAUAUGGUCUUCCAUACAGAAGCACUUGAAGCAAGAAAGCUUGAUAUUUGUCUUUUGUUCUGUUUUUUACUGCCCUUUUUUUUUCUCCAUUGGUGUGGUUUUUGAGUGGAAUUUGGGACAAUACUUGUUCGUAUAUGUCGAUAGAAACCUCGUAUCUCCCGUUUACUGGUAAACUCACACUCCUAAUCUACACAACUUAAGAAAUGUAGUGAUAUGCCACUGUCUUAGAUUUGUAUAUUUUAUAUU